UCGGCUCAGGAGGCAAUGGCGGCUGCGCUCAGGCACAGGUCGGCCACCGGGCUGUACGACAGUCUGCUGCGAAUUUAUACUGAAGGAAAGCAAGGUAUCCUCAAAGAUCCAUUUCCCUUUGAGAGUGAUGACCAAGUACAUUUUAUUGGUGAGGGUUGUAAAAGUCCUGUUGAAAAUUUCUGGAAUGGGAGUAGUAUGAUAUUCAUUAUGGAGAAAAUUGGACAUGAAGAAACUGAUCAAAAUAAAGUGCCUCAAAUAAACACUGCUGAUCUUUCUGAGCUUUCGCAACUCAGUAGUUCUGGACCAGCUGCUGUUUCUGUUACAAGAGCAAAGCAGCUGAUUUCACUGUAUACAAUCACGCAAAAUCCAUUCAUGACCCAUUUGAAAAUAAGCAACCCAAUUGUGCUUCCUCCCCUGUGGGUAAGAUGUGAUGGAUCUGAUCCUGAACACACCUAUUGGCUAGGAGCUGAACCUCUCAAAACUGGGAACAAAAUCACAGGAAUCAAUCUCCAUACAAUUACAUGUAAUGGUCCUAUAGCUGAUAAAACCUGUUUUGUAACUCUAGAAGAACUCAAAAAGGCACACAAAAUCAGGCAUCAUUCAUCUGUGGUGACCACCAAAGGCUUUGCUCAGUAUGAGCUCAUGAGAUCUACUGCAUUGGAAGACACAGUUGUAGAAUCCGAGAGUAAUAUAUAUGUUGAUAUUACAUGGAACACUGUGGACAAGAUUCUGCAGACGCCUCCUCUCACUUCAACAGGAACAUUGAAUAUCAGGCUGGCAUUGGGAGAUCCCAGGAGUCCUAUAUACCAGCUAUAUAGAGAACUGCAGUUUCUCCUGGUUUUGGCUGAAGGCAUUAAGACUGGUGUGACUGAGUGGCCAGAGCCUUUAGAAGCUGAAUCACCUGUUGAACUUGUGCAGGAACUUCUGGAUGAUUUAAAGAAUAAGCUGGAUGGUUUUAAUAUUGCAGUAAUUAAAAAUGAUCCUGAGAAAGUCAAAUGUGACACUGCUGCAGUGGACAGUUCAAUAAAAUCACUCUUUAGUGAGCGAGGUGACCUAGAUUUUGCUGAACAAUUGUGGUGCAAAAUGAGAAGAAGUGUCACUUCCUAUCAAGACCUGGUAGAGUGCUUCACAAUGAUCAUAAAAUCUCUCAAAUGUGGUGAGAUACAGCCAUGGAUUCAUCAAGGGAGUAGCAGUUUACUCAGCAAAUUGAUUCAACAGUCUUACCAUGGAACAAUGGAGGCUAUUUCCCUCACUGGUAUCACUCCAAUUAAAAUGCUUCUAGAGAUUGGUCUGGACAAAAUGAAAAAAGAUUACGUCAGUUGUUUCAUAGGACAGGAACUUGCAACAUUAACCUACCUGGACUACUUCAUUUCCUCAUCAGUAGGCCUGCAGGAACAAAUUCAUCGUGUUCAGAAACUUCACCAUAUGCUUGAAAUCUUGGUCAGCUGUACAGUCUUCCUUCAAUUUAAACAUGAGAACCUCUUCCCUUUGACACAGUCCUGCAUAAAAUAUUACAAGGAAAACCCUCUGGAUGAGAAACAUGUGUUCCAGCUUCCAGUGAGGCCAGCAGUAGUCAAUAAGUUCUAUCAAAAUGAGUACCCACAGAUAUGGAGGGUGGAAAUAAGUAGUGGACAUGGACAAAGGGAGAUUAAAACAACAUGGCAACUUAGCACUAACGCUCCAGUUGAACAUAUGACUGUGAACAACUUAGGCUUUCUUUGUGAUACAACAAUUAAUGGAAGCAGUGAAGAAAGAGUGCAUUUUAUUGCAGUAGCUAAGUGCAGUCAUGUGCAUUUCACGUGAAAGAACGCUGCUGAACAAACAUGCUUAUAAAGUAUGUGGAAGUAAAUGGAAGAAUGUCAGCUUAUCUGCCUCCCAUUCAUUUGGUAUUUAUUUGUGGUAGUGUAUUUAAGAAGCAACAUAUACAGCUGCAGUUCUACAGGACAUGUACCAUUUGUUUUUAUAUUUUAAUUUUAUUUUAAUUUACAACCAUUUGUUAAAAAUAAACAUACAGUAUAAUUCCUUUAAAAGCAA